UACACGCAUUUCACCGUCCGUACAUGACCGACGGGUUGAAGCGGCCACGUAUUGUCGACGCAUCCUCAAUGUUUGAACCGGGGGGAGAGAGGCACGUCCCGAGUGCCAAAUAAGAUACGACCUGUCCUGCGGAUGCGCCGUCACUGUUUCUGCCUCCAGCGGCUCCCCAAGUCUGCGAGAUCCAUGAUUUAUCCCCCUGUUUUCCCUUAGAGCGCAUCUCCUUCCCCACAAUGGAAAGGUUCCAGUCGUCCAUGCGCAAACGGCUCUACAGCUUGCCGCAAAACAUUGGGCAAAAACCCUUCGUGAUUGACGAAGGAGACAGCGGCGACAAGGACACCAAGAGGAAAAGUAUCCGGCUAAAACAUUUGUCCUCUCCGUCUCCUGCCAGCAGCUGCAGGAGCUUUGAGGAGGCCAGGAGCGAGGACUUGGAGAGGGACGUGAUCGUGAAGACCAACUUGAACGGGGACUGUCGCCUGUUCAGGGGCAGCAUCUCCUCCAUCACCGGGCGCCAUCCUCCAGGGUCAGACCCGGCGGAGCAGCGGCGCCUCAUCCCCGAGGCUGACGCCUGGGUAGGUGAGAGUUUCCCCGGUGAGCGCGGCCCCGGGGCCCAGCAGCGGGCAGCGGGUGGUCCGAGUGGCGCAGAAGAGCAAGGGUCUGAGUUCGACCAGUCAACUUUCAUCAAGUUGGAAGGCGCCGAGCAAAUCAUCCCCGAAGAUGACCGGCUGUACCAAGCCGGCUUCAUGCACCGGCAGUUUGGGGCGAUGCUCCAGCCGGGUGUCAACAAGUUCUCCCUGCGGAUGUUGGGGAGUGAGAGGGCCGUGGAGCACGAGAGGGAGCGAGUAAAGUCUGCUGGCUUUUGGAUAAUCCACCCGUACAGUGAUUUUAGGUUCUACUGGGAUCUGACCAUGCUGCUGCUGAUGGUGGGAAACCUCAUCAUCAUCCCCGUGGGCAUCACCUUCUUCAAGGACGAGCACACGCCUCCCUGGAUCGUCUUCAACGUGGUUUCUGACACCUUCUUCCUCAUGGACCUGGUCCUCAACUUCCGCACGGGUAUCGUGAAGGAGGACAACACGGAGAUCAUCCUGGACCCACAGAAGAUCAAGAUCAAGUACCUGAAGAGCUGGUUCGUGGUGGACUUCAUCUCCUCCAUACCGGUGGACUAUAUCUUCCUCAUCGUAGAAACACGCAUUGACUCUGACUUUUACAAGACGGCCCGGGCCCUGAGGAUCGUCCGCUUCACCAAGAUCCUCAGUCUGCUGCGGCUGCUGCGCCUCUCCAGACUCAUUCGCUACAUCCACCAGUGGGAAGAGGUUUUCCACAUGACCUAUGAUCUGGCCAGCGCCAUGGUGCGUAUCAUGAACCUGAUCGGUAUGAUGCUGCUGCUGUGUCACUGGGAUGGCUGUCUGCAGUUCCUGGUGCCCAUGCUGCAGGACUUCCCUCCUGACUGCUGGGUCACCAGAAACAAGAUGGUGAAUGACACGUGGGGUCAGCAAUACUCCUACGCCCUGUUCAAGGCCAUGAGUCACAUGUUGUGCAUCGGGUACGGCCUCUACCCCCCUAUCGGCAUGGCUGACGUGUGGCUCACCAUCCUCAGUAUGAUCGUGGGGGCUACCUGCUUUGCUAUGUUUGUGGGGCAUGCGACUGCACUCAUCCAGUCUCUGGACUCCUCCAGGAGGCAGUACCAAGAAAAGUAUAAACAGGUGGAGCAGUACAUGUCCUUUCACAAGCUCCCGGCCGACAUGCGUCAGAGGAUCCACGACUACUACGAGCACCGUUAUCAGGGCAAGAUGUUUGAUGAGGAGAGCAUUCUGGAGGAGCUGAACGAGCCACUGCGACAGGAAAUCAUCAACUUUAACUGUCGUAAACUUGUGGCCUCCAUGCCUCUGUUCGCCAACGCCGAUCCAAACUUUGUGACCUCCAUGCUGACCAAACUGCGCUUCGAGGUCUUCCAGCCGGGCGACUUCAUCAUCAGAGAGGGAACCAUUGGCAAGAAGAUGUACUUCAUACAGCACGGUGUCGUGAGUGUCCUGACCAAGAACAGCAAUGACACCAAGCUGUCUGAUGGCUCUUAUUUUGGAGAGAUCUGCCUGUUGACCCGAGGCAGGAGGACAGCCAGUGUGCGAGCAGAUAACUACUGUCGUCUGUACUCGCUGUCUGUGGACAACUUCAACGAGGUGCUGGAGGAGUAUCCCAUGAUGAGAAGAGCCUUCGAGACUGUGGCUCUCGACCGCCUGGACCGAAUCGGCAAGAGGAACUCUGUUCUUCAGCAUAAAGUCCAGCAUCACCAAAGCUCUGGUACACUAAACCUCCAAGAGAAUGAGAUCAUCCAAAGAAUAGUGCAACACGACCGUGACAUGGCCCAGUGCACGCAGCUGAUUCAGACCAGCGAUACACAGAGUCUCAACCCUCUACCUUCCCCGUCACCCACCCCAGUUAUCUGGGCCCCGCUGGUUCAGGCCCCGCUCCAGGCUGCUGCCACCACCACCCCUCUGGCUCUGGCCUUGGCCCACCACUCCCAGCUUCCUCCCAUCCUCUUCCACCAUCCUCUGGUCCCAGGCUCUGGCUCUGUGAAGGACCCCAGCGGCCAUCCAAGGAGAGUCCAUGUUGGAGCGAACACCUCCAGCAUCUGUGGAUCAGGGCCCGGUUCUCCCACCAGCUCCACCCUCAGGACACAGCAUCUGUCCACUGGGCCAGUGUCGCCCGCACUGAUGUCCCAGCCCAUCUUCAACAGCAGCCUGCAGCCCCUCACCCCUCUGCCCAUGCACCAGCACACGCCCCUGCCCCCUCCCCAUCCUCCCCACUCCGGCAUUGCCUCUGUCUUUCCUAUCAGCCAGGCCACUGUCUCCUACACCUGCUCCGCCCAGCUCCAUUCCCAGCCCUUCCACGGUGCUAUGACCACCCCACCCCACCCCAUAGGGUUACUCCAGCAGGGGGCACCAGGGAGGCUAGGAGGGAGAUUCCCAGCCCCCUCCGCCUCCUUCAUAAGCCCUCUGAUCUCCAGCUCAGUCGACCCGAUUCUAAGCCACCUGCAGCAAUCCUCUCACGCCACACUGCAGCCGAUGAGGUCCAGUCAUGACAGAGCAGGGAGGACACCCAGUGGUCUGAACCUCCCAAAUUUCCCCUUCAUCACCAGCACCCAGUCCUCCAGUGGAUUUACGCAGCCAGCGUCUGCAGUCGGAGCCGGAGCCACUGCCUCUCUGGCCCAGCAGAGCCUGGCAGGCCUCCAGUCUGUUUUCCUUCCCCAGGUUCUUCCAGAGCACUCGGCGCUCGCCUCCCUGGCCCAGUACGGUUCUGCAGAGGUGUCGCCCUGCUACACGCCUCCGGUCCAAAGUCCCAGAAUACAGAGCCCUGUGAGGGGGAGAACAGUUUACCACAGUGAGCUCACCAGCACCGUGGGCUCUCACUGCCCUCUAACCCCUCAGACCUCAUGCCCUGCCAGGGUGGCUUGUACCCUCAAAGAGAGGGCAGAGUCCUCUGUGAAUCUCUUUACCCAGGAAGUAAAGACUAUCUCAGGCUCUCACAGCUCUAUACACCAGGAAAGGCCCCCUUCAGAGGGAGCAGUGGGGGCGUCGAGCCCCUUCUCCUCCCCCAUGGCCGUCAGCAAACCCUACAGUUCCAUCCCUGGUCAAGCCACUCCUGUCAGUCGGACUCAUUCAGGGCCCGAACAUCAGAACCAGUCCGCUGGCGUUCACUCUCCCCACGUUAGAUCUCCAGCUAAGAUAUUAGAGACCGAACACAAACAGUCCAAACUUCCCUCCAACUUGUGA